AUGAAAUUUGGUGAACAAUUGUCUAGUCAUUUAACACCAGAAUGGAGGAAACAAUAUAUAUGUUAUGAUGACCUUAAAGCUAUACUUUACGAUGUUCAACUUGAAAUACCUCAAGAAGAGGAGUUACGUGAACAAUAUAUAACACAAAUGGAUGAAAAUUUUUUUGCACAAUGUGAUGUAGAAUUAACUAAAAUAAAUUUAUUUUUUUCACAAAAAAUUGCUGAAGCUCAGGGAAAAUAUCAUGAGUUACAGGCUGAGUUAGAACAAUUUAAAGAAAGUAUUGGUACUAAAGAUGUUAAGGUUCAUGAUGGUGAUUCUGAACUACAGACAGGAUUAACUUUAAAACAAAAAUUAAAAAGUAAAGGAUUAGGAAAAAAAGCUGUUAAAGAGACUGCCAAAAGUGCACAACAUUUAAAAUUGGCCUUUUCAGAAUUUUAUUUAUCCUUAAUUUUAUUACAAAAUUAUCAAGAAAUGAAUUCAACUGGUUUUAGAAAAAUACUUAAAAAACAUGAUAAAUUAAUGCAAAAUGAAAGGGGCUUAGAAUGGAGAAUUUCUAAAGUUGAAAAAAGUUCAUUUUUUUUAAAUAGAGAUAUUGAAACAUUAAUUCAUUCAGUAGAGACAAGUGUUAUUAAUGAUUUAGAACAAGGUAAUAGACAAGCUGGUAUGAAACGUCUUAAAGUACCACCAUUAUCUGAAAAACAAAGUUCAGGUACAACAUUUUCACUAGGUUUAUUUAUUGGUGCAUUUGGUGUUAUGAUGUUUGCAAUAGCCUUUUCAUUAUAUGGACUUGAAACUAGGGAUAAUGAUCCUAAAUAUGUUGCUAUAAGAUUGUACAGAGGAUUCUUUUUAUUUUUAUUAUGUGUUUUCUUUUGUGGUAUUAAUAUGUAUGGAUGGUCUGCUUCAGGUGUAAAUCAUGUUCUUAUUUUUGAAGUUGAUCCUAGAUAUCAUUUAACUUAUCAAACAGUUAUGCAAAUAGCUGCAUUCCUUUUUAUGGUUUGGGGAUUAUCUGUUCUUGGAUUUAUUUAUGCACAUCAUAUUGGAUUACCUCCAUUUUUAUUUCCACUUUUAUUGGGUAUAUUUUAUAUUGCUAUUUUAUUUAAUCCUUUCAAAAAACCAAUUGAAUUAUCAAGAAGAGAUUCAAGAUUUUGGUUAUUAAAACAUUGCUUUAAUUGUUUUACUGCACCUUUUCACUUUGUAACUUUUACUGAUUUCUGGCUUGGUGAUCAAAUGAAUUCACUUAGUACCUCUUUUCUUGAUUGGCAAUAUUUUAUAUGUUUUUAUGCUACUGAAGUAGAUUACACAGAUUUUAAAUUUUCCGUUAGAACAAUGAAUGUAACUGAAGGUCCUAUACCUUGGGGUUAUGUUGAUAUUAAUACAGGAAAAGAUAUGUGUACAGAUUCAGGUUGGAUGAGAAAUUUUAUUUCUAUUAUUCCUGCUUCAGUACGUUUCUUUCAAUGUUUAAGACGUUAUUAUGAUUCAAGAUUAGUCUUUCCUCAUUUAGUUAAUGCAGGAAAAUAUUCCACAACAUAUGUUGUUGUUGGAGCUAAAAUUUUAUAUAAAUGGUCUGUUGAUAAAUAUCCAGAAGGAAAUGAAUUUUUCUUUUAUUUGUGGGUUGCUGCAUAUGUAUUAUCAUUCUCAUAUACUUAUAUUUGGGAUAUAAUGAUGGAUUUUGGUUUAUUUGAUCCUAAAGCACCAAAAGAUGCACCAUUUUUGAGGGAAGAAAUUAUUUAUGAAAAAUGGUUUUAUUACUUUGCAAUAGUAGAAGAUUUUGUUCUUCGUUUAACAUGGGUUUUAAAUGUAUCACUUUCAGAGGCAUGGAGUCUUUCUGGUGACAUGACGACAUGUUUAACAGCUCCCUUAGAAGUAUUUAGACGUUAUAUUUGGAAUUAUAUACGUCUUGAAAAUGAACAUAUAAAUAACGUUGGUAUGUUUCGUGCCGUAAGAGAUAUCUCCAUAAAACCAAUACAGAAAGGUGACCUUGAAUCAUUAAUCACAAAAAUGGAUAAAGUUGAUGGUGUUACACAUCGUGGGCAAGAUUUAAGAAAUAGACAAAAAAAGCAAAAGAAAGCUAAUAGAGAUAAGAGGCAACUAUUGAAAAAAGCAAAAAUAGGUAAAAUAAGUCUUCCUACAGUUAUUCAUUGUGCUAAACGAGGAAUUAAAAGUGAUGGAGUUGAAUUGAAUCGUGUAUUAGUAUGGUAUUCACGAUUUAAUUCUUUAAAAAAUAAAACAUAUCCAAUGACAAAAUUUUAUAGAAAAGAUUUUUUUAAUGUUGAUUUAAAAAAAUAUGAUACAACAAUUUUGUUUGGAGCUGAAAGUACAAUGGAAGCAUUAUUAGACAAGUUAAAUGAAAUGAAUAAAGAUUCAUAUCUUAUUGCCUGUAGAUUUCCUCUACCAAAAAAUGGUGAAGAACAUUGGAAAAUUAUUUCUGAAAAUGGAGAAGGUAUAGAUACUGCUUGGCUUUAUAAAAAAAUUGCUUGA